GAGCGGCGCGCCUUCACUCCGAGUGGACUAUUUGCCGCCGUCUCUGUCACCAUCACCGUUCAUAUCACGCCCUCUCCACACGUCCACGCCCACGGCGGCGACGGGCGCCCAUGUCCCCUAGUCUGUGACACAGGACGUGUAGGCGUCCCUACCCCCUGAGCAGCGCCUGCACGCGUUUAACGCCCUCGGGAAAGAACAACUUGUUGAAGUUCGCCUCGUGUGUGCCUGUGUUAGCCGACCCACCCCCGGGAACCAUGUGUGACCAGCCACCCUACUACGGCCCCCCCCCUACUUAACCACUAGUCUUCUAGCAUUCUCUAGUUAAAGCAAUCAUUGCGGUUUAGCCACUCAAGGCAUGUGGUGUGGCCGGUCCCAUGUGAUCGAUGUGCUGCUUUCAGUUGAUGUUGUAAAUGUUACAUUACCAGUGUUGUCUUAAGUCCCUGUCAAUCCCUGGCUGCCGAAGCGCUCUCUUCAGUUCUUGCUUUCCUGAGUUACCCAGUUUUGAGCACCCGUCUCGUCCCGAGGGUUAAACACAGACCAGGAGCGAAACUGUAGUAGCGUCGCAAGGCCCGUUGUUUACCAGUACUGUAGCGUGAUACCCCUGGUCAUGAUAGACCUGAAGGGGACCUGUACUGCACCACCUGCGUCUCGUGGCCGGCCCCACACACCUCAGGGAAUUAGCGUGGAGUGUCAAGAGUACUGCGUUCGCGUCAGAGGCACUACGUUACCCUGUUACAUGGGCACGACCCAAACCCACACAACUGGCACUCCUCAGACCCACACUAUGCGCAGUACCCAGCCCUACGCCAUGGGCACUGUCCCCCACGGAACUCGUGGGAAGGGACGGUGCUCCAACGCCUUCAAGCCGUCCAAAACAACCUUCCUCACAACCUGUAUCGUGCUGUUGCUCACAUGCACCACGGUUCAGGGAGCAAACGAGACAGUGGUGUAUAUCCCCAGAGGCAAGCCAGACUCGCCCGGGGAGGUGCGGCUAGCCCUUGAGCCUUCAGGUAACAUCAUGUGCUACGAGUGCUCGUCGUGGACCCACCCACUCUGCGAGGACCCCUUCAACUUCACCCUCUCCCUGGAGAAGGGUCCUCCUGUCGAAUCCUGCGACGGCUGCUGCGUCAAGCUGGUCCAGAACAUAGGCACGCCUUAUGCGUCAAUAAGGCGGACGUGCACGGAGAAGUUGCAGAUCAACCUGUUUAUGGUGGACCACGUGUGCAUGAUGGAAAGUAGCGGCCAUGGCCACAUGUGCUUCUGUGAGGAGGACUUGUGUAACGCAGCCCCAUCCUCCCUGCGACCCCCCCUCCUCUGGGCCUCCUUCCUUCCCCUCCUCUCACUCCUCUCCUCUCUCUUUCUGCUCUCUAGAUAGACUAUCUCAGCUCUCCUCCUCCUCCUCUCUCUCUCUCUCUCUCUCUCUCUCUCCAUUUAUAUCCUCAGAGCCUUCUUGUCACUCACCUUCAUCUUGAUGCUUCCGCUUCUAUCACCUCGUUUUCUUUACGGUCACAAAGCCUCUUACUUGUGCGAGUAUCUCGCCCUGUGCUUGUAUCCACUUUGUCUGCUUCAUAUUAUCUAGUUUUAUCUAUUUUUCAGUCUCAUUCUACGUAGUUAAGUCUUUUUUUUAUUUUCACACUCGCAGAAAUCACUCCCAGAGAACUCUUGCUGCACGACCCAAAAUUUAUCCUGGUACCCUGUGAGGUCCUGAGACCCUGCUAUCUUCCCUGGUGCCCCCUGCCAUCUUUCCUGGUGCCCCCCCCUGCCAUCCUGGUGCCCCCUGCCAUCCUCCCUGGUGCCCCCUGCCAUCCUCCCUGGUGCCCCCUGCCAUCCUGGUGCCCCCUGCCAUCCUCCCUGGUGCCCCCUGCCAUCCUCCCUGGUGCCCCCUGCCUUGCUUCCCUCGCCGCCUCUUCCGUCACUCCCGCCACCGCCUCCCUCCCGCUCCUGCCAUUCCUUCCAGGGCUUCUGCCGCUCCAUAAGCGUUAUUCCCUUUGCUUGUGCUGGCUGUACACUUCAUUAUCCGUGCUUAUACGACUUCUUGGCGUCCUCAUCAUGUUUGAUUGUGACUCCUACUCCUCCUCCUCCUCUUCCACGACCUGUUGGCUUCCAUCCCGUGUCCUCCUCCGGUGUCCCCUGCGCUACGACGCGUAGCUGAACGUUGUUUUGGUGUAUUCUUGGUAGUGUACGCACAGUGAGGAGGGUAGGACGCGCUCGGCACACCCACUCACCUGCCUCCCGCAACCCCUCUCUGCGCCAUGCACUCUCGCUCACUGCCUGCACUGAACACUAUAGUUAUCGUGUCUCACUGUCAACUUUUCUUGGUUCUACAGCACAUCUGUCACUGUUUUCCAAAUUAAUGUUUCUUGCGCAUAUUCUCGCUCAUUUUUUUAUUCUAUCUGUUUUUACUUGGUCUCUUGCCUAUUUGUGAGAGCCGGUGUUGUACUCCUGUGAGCUUGGAUGUCGACCCCACCUUAGACUGGGAUAAAAUUCCUCUUGUUAUGGAAGCACCAUGUAACUAAAAUAACUCUUAGAGUGGUGCGCUGCCUGAGUGUGGCUACUGCCCCUCUUCUUGACUGUCAGCACACAUCAGUCUUUAUAGGAAAUAUACUCAAAAAAACUCUGCGGAGAUUGCUUCACUUGUCCCAACAAGACCUGGUCUGGUAGAGGACUGGUAGACUAGUAGAGGGUCUUGUCUACCUGGGCGAUUGGUGGCAGAGGAACAGCAUUGGUGUAGAAUGGGAAGCUUCCAUGACUGGAGGGGUUUUACCUCAUGUUGUAGAGGUAAACAUGUGUUAACUUUAAGUCUUAGACUCAGCGUGUCAAGUCGGGCAGCCUUGGAGGGCCUUAAGACUUUAAGUAGUGUUUAUAGCGGUGUCUUCAACACUGGACACAGGGGGGCCCAGCUCCAAGCUUUUCUGCAUCUAUCAGAUUAUUGGGAAGGUACAUCCUUCACGCCCAUCCACCCCUACUUACCCCAGGUUCUGAUAACCAUUGUGAUAACAUAUGUUGACGACUAGUGCAUAAUUCUUGCGUUGUUAUAUUGCAUAGACACUAGUAACGCGGACAACGGUCGGUAGCUGUUAAUAGUUCUUACUGGCCGGGUUUGCUGGUGAUUAAGUGAUUAUCUCCCCUCUCGUUCCAAAAUAGCUUUAUUAUAAUAUAAACUGUUAUUAAUUAUAAGAGUUAAUUCCUUUUGUUAUGGACAAGAAACGGUUUUAUUGGUUUUCAUAUUAAGCUUUAAAACCCGUGUGGUGUGUGAAGAGGGUUCAAGGGUGAGCCACACACUGUUGUUAUCGUGUAUGACCCGUGGUCCUCGUGCUCAGCCACCACUCAUUCUCUCAGUAUUCAGUAGAUAGUAGAGAUCCCGGUUUACUAUUUCUAAUAACGAAGUCACUGGCUGUCCAAUCAUAAGUCUCGCUUCAUAAUACGCCAGUGACAUGUCGUCCAUUUCACUUAUCCCACUUUCCAUUAUGUCAAUACAUUUCUCGUCCAGUGAUCAUGUCCCGGUAACCAUGACGCCUGUGGUUUGUUAUUCCAAAGAGGACACCUAAUAUUCCAAAUUUAGACAUCCCAUUCCUGCCCCCGGGAGAAAUAUAAUGGGGCUGCAAACGACUCCUCUAAACAGUUACUCUCGGGACGCACAUGGUAAUCCUUUGCUCGUCACCCAAGUGUCGCUUAUUGAACAGCCGGCGUGAGGAGUAAAGGAAUACGCCGUGUGGUCAACGGUGGACACCUUCCACUAUUCACUCGCCGUCCACACACAAGAGGAGAGUAUUUGCAGCGUCUUCGGUACAGCAGGGAGGCAGGCGGGGCUGUGGGCGCCCCCGGGGCACACACACACACACACAUACUGAGGUCUCCGUCUACCACUAAGAGCGACCUGCUGCGCACUGGCCAACCCUGACAUGCCUUAAGGAAUGGAAGACCUAACGCCACGAUAAUACAAUAUUUCCAUUGUGGCCAUGGAAACGUCUUCGGAACCAGUUAGAAGCAGCUUUUAUAGACAUUAAAACACGUGUGUUGGUGCCAAAAGACAGCCAGACUCCAAAGAUUUUAAGUUACAACAUCAAAUUAAAAAACCAGUUACCGGCACCAGGCGACGCAUUCCUGAUGUAUUCAACAUGAGCGCAUCUUGCCGUAGGACGCGACGACAAACGCCCAUAUUAACGCCACAAGAAUUCUGGGUAAAUCAAAGUUACUUGGCAGUAAUAGAGAACACGAGAAGAAACCCCUCAAAUCUUUUUAAAUCAGCUAAUAAAUGCCUUCGCCACCACCAACACUGCCGCCUGCGUUGUCGUCUGUGCCGCCGCCGCCGCCAGCUGGCCUGCCUCCUCCUGCAACAGCUGGGGAGUAGCCAACACUCCCAAUAACAGCUGGGCAGACGCCAUCACCACCUGCAUCAGCUGUGCUGUAUCAUCGCAGCUGUUGCAGGUGGUGAUGGGAUGCCAUUAUCAUAACCUGCAUAACGUGGCCAAUUAUCAUAGCCACUUGCAGCAUUCAGACCACCAAUAUAUCCACCUGCAGUGGUCGGACCACCACUAUAUCCACCUGCAGUGGUCGGACCACCACUAUAUCCACCUGCAGUGGUCGGACCACCACUAUAUCCACCUGCAGUGGUCGGACCACCACUAUAUCCACCUGCAGUGGUCGGACCACCACUAUAUCCACCUGCAGUGGUCGGACCACCACUAUAUCCACCUGCAAUGUUCGGACCACCACUACAACCUGCAGAAAAUAAUGUGCCACUGUUACCACCUACAGCAGUUGGACCUCACAAACAACACGUGUAAUAGAUAGGAAGCCAUCAGUGUCAUCUGUAGCAACUGGACCAUCACCAUCAGAGUAAGCUGGACUAACACAAUCACCACCUGAGCACCAUCUGAGCUGAGCAACAGCUGGGCUAUCAACAUCAGCAACAGCUAAGCCGUCAACAAUCAUCAGCAACAGCAGGGCCCUCACCAUCAGCAGCAGCAGGGCCGUCACCAUCAGCACCUUCAUCAGGUGAAGGGUCCCCCACCUGCAACAGCAGCUGUGUCGUGCCAUUGGGGCGUGGAGCAGAGCGAGGCUGGACACCGACCAUCGUCUUCUCAAGCCUCGCUCUGUACCACCGACCAGCGUAUGACGACGAUACGGACGAGUGGAAACUGUUGUAGAGCGGAUGUGAGCGUUAAUACCCGGCUGUUGCUCUGUUUACGUAGUGCUUGACGCCAGUGAUGAGCUCCAGGGUGGGUGUCUUCCUCCCUCCUCUCCACCAGUCUUCUUAUCGUCAUUCUCUCUCAUUACUUCUCUCCAAAGCUAAGACAAGUUGUUCUCAUCGUUGCUAAAUACGAGUUGUGUUCAUGAACUAUCUGGCGGAGCGCUAAUGUUGCUCCUCCUCCUCCUCACUCUAGAAGCCCUUGCCAACUCUAGACAACUUCGGCUAUUUCUCGCCACUCACAGAUCCCGCCUACUUUCUCCAAUAUAUAAAAAAAAACUAACAAAAUUUGUUUGAGAGUUACAGCUAUCGAGGCAGCAGCAUAUGGAGAAGCCGCGAUAGAAGCGGCAGCAGCAGCAGCAGCAGCAGCAGCAGCAGCAGCAGCAGCAGCAGCAGGAACAGCAGCAGCAGUAGUGGCAGUAGUGGCAGCAGUCGAUGAAAUCAACGAAUCUGCAGGAGUAGCAGACGACAGGCGUGAGGGAGACCCCGAGAGAGAGAGAGAGAGAGAGAGAGAGCCAGCCUUCCCCUGUAGUGUUACCCGUCUCUGCCCUCAUCUUUCCGGACAUGAACCCGUCAACCUCUGUCAUUACCACCUCGCGGCCACUCUCACCAUAAUCACCUACCCGCAACUUUAACAACAACAAAAUCAAAUUUGCAAAGUUAUGUCAUUAAGAAACCGGAAAUAUGAAGGCCCUGUUCUCGGAAACAGUUUCAGGUACAGGGAAAACGGAGAUAAUUCCAUUGUGAACUAAUACAAACUGCAAUAUUUUAUGUAGACACGUCUUACCAAGGGAUCCAUGUAUGUCCUUACCUGUAUCAGGAGAGUCAGUAGCUGGCGAAUUGUUAGAAUCAAACGUUUUGUAGCGCCCCUAUGACCUGUAAACAAGGAAGCUGAACGGCUUCAAGUGCUGUUUGAGAUUUGGUUCCGGCUCCUCGAAGAAGCCCGCGUCAAAGUUUUAUCUUGAUUUCUUCGUCUUUUUUUUUAAUUAUUCUCUUGUGAUUGAGUAUUUUUUUUUUCCUUUGUCGUUAAGUAUAUUUAUCGUAUCAAUGAGUGUGUUUCUUUUAUUAUUGUGUAUUUUCUCUUUGUUAAAUAUUUUUUACUUGC